AUGUCCCACAAGCGACCGCAGUCCUCCGCAGGAAAGUCGAACGGGGCGGCCGAUCUCAAAAAGCCGCGUUUCGAUCCCGUCUCACUGGGCCUCCCUGCUGAGUUCCAGCUCACCGACUACACACGCCUGAAGGGGUGCAGCUGCAAACUGCCACAGCCAAAGUUGCUAGCCCUGCUGCAGGAACUCUCGACAACGCCUGGGCAGAAGGACGUCGGCGUGGACUGCAGCAUAGUGCCGCUGCACCACACAAACAGCAAAGGUGAGGCUCUGUUUCUCGUCUCCACCACGGAUUUCUUCUUCCCCAGUGUGUCGGACCCGUUCCUGCAGGGUCAAAUCGGGGCUGCAAACGUCUUGUCAGACCUGUAUAGCAUGGGCAUCCCGGAUUGUGAUACAAUGCUGAUGCUGCUCGCGGCCAGCACGGAGAUGGACGAGCAUGAACGCCUGAUUACGACCCGCGAAAUCAUGAAGGGCUUUGCGGAGCGGGCGCGGUUGGCGACGACGACGGUGACAGGUGGGCAGACGGUCAUGAACCCAUGGCCGCUGAUUGGCGGGGUGGCCAUGGCCGUGGUGUCCGAGGCGGAAAUGGUGCGGCCAACAGGGCUCUUGCGCGCUGGGGACAUACUGGUGCUGACGAAGCCGCUGGGGUGCCAGGUUGCGGUGAAUCUCAAGCAGUGGCUGCUGCGGCCCUCGCCGCUGUACGAGGAGACGAUCGCAGGGCACAUCUCCCCCGAAGAGAUCGAGGAGCUGUACAACAUGGCCACGGAUAGCAUGCGGCGUCUGAACCGCGAAGGGGCUCGGCUGAUGCGAAAGCAUGGCGCUCACGGGGCCACCGACGUGACCGGCUUUGGCAUUCUGGGGCACGCGAACAACUUUGGAGCAGCGCAGACCGUCGGCGAUGCGCCGCGCUCGCUCUGCCUCGUACUGGAACGGCUGCCGAUGUUCAAAACCGCCGUGGCCGCCUCGAAGCGGAUGAAUGACAAAUACCGCCUCCUCGAAGGGUACUCAGCCGAGACGAGCGGCGGGCUGCUGGUGGCGUUCCCGAGCACCACCUCGGCGGAGGCGUUCUGCGCGGAGCUCACGGAGAUCGAUGGCGGGUGUCCGUCGUGGAUUGUCGGAUAUGUGGAGGAUCGCGCCGCCAACGCCCUCGAUGGUGUUUACGCCCGCCUAAAGGACGGGUGUGAGAUUGUGGAGGUGUGA